GCGCACACACACACACACACACUGCAGCUUGAGGCACAGGGCGCAGGAAACGUUACGAGGGGUUGUCAGUCCCAUUAACGGUCCCGUUUGGAAUACUACUGUCCGUCCGGCUCGGAUCGUUAUCUUCAAACAUGGACUGGAGAAGGGUGUCCGCCGAGAAACCUCUCGUCUACUCCCCGCAGACUCAGCACCAGGGCUGGAUCCAAGUGUCAGACAUGGCAGGUCCUCCUGGUCACUGGAUCUCCUGUGGUCACCCCUGUGCUGACCGGGCCGUGUGGAACCCGAGGUACUGCGUGCUCACCGACAGCCAGAUGCUGCUGCUUGACAAGGAGGAGGUCCAUCCCUUGCUUCUUCAGAACAGACGAAUGGACUCUAAGGUCCGCCUACUGCGUCGCACCAUUAGUGUUCCUGUGGAAACACAGUUCCCAGAGUUCCACAAUCAGCUGUCCACAGAGAGUGACUCUCCUCCGGAGAGGACCGGUCGGAGGAGGAGUAUGCCAGGCUCCGAUAAAGUCCUGCCCAACAUGGAGCCUGCUGCUGCUGCAACACCCUUCAGAGUCACCGGCUUCCUGAGUCGGCGGCUGAAGGGUUCUAUCAAGCGCACGAAGAGCCAGCCCAAACUGGACCGCAACAGCAGCUUCAGACACAUCCUGCCUGGGUUCAGAGGAGCCGACAACGACAGAUCCCAUCUGAUGCCGAGGUUGAAGGAGUCUCGCUCCCACGAGUCGUUACUGAGCCCCAGUAGUGCAGUCGAAGCUCUGGACCUCAGCAUGGAGGACGAGGUGCUCAUCAAACCUGUGCACACCAGCAUCCUGGGACAGGACUACUGCUUUGAGGUGACUACAUCGACGGGCAGUAAGUGUUUCUCGUGCCGCUCAGCCGCUGAGAGGGACAAGUGGAUGGAGAACCUGAGACGAGCCGUCCACCCAAACAAGGACUUCCUGACAGACCUGAUGAUGUCAGAGGUGGACAGGUGUGGCGAGAACGAACACCUGAUCUUCAGAGAGAACACACUUGGCACCAAAGCCAUCGAGGAGUACCUCAAACUAGUGGGACAGAAAUACCUACAGGAUGCACUGGGUGAGUUUAUAAAGGCUCUGUAUGAGUCGGAUGAGAACUGUGAGGUGGACGCCUCCAAGUGUUCGGCGGGGGACCUGGGGGAACACCAGAGCAACCUGAAGAUGUGCUGUGAGCUGGCCUUCUGCAAGAUCAUCAACUCCUACUGUGUGUUUCCACGGGAGCUGAAGGAGGUGUUUGCGUCGUGGCGACUGGAGUGCGGUAACCGGGGGCGACCGGACAUCAGCGAGCGUCUGAUCAGCGCGUCGCUCUUCCUGCGUUUCCUGUGUCCGGCCAUCAUGUCGCCGUCGCUCUUCAACCUGACGCAGGAGUACCCCGAUGACCGCACUGCCCGCACACUCACGCUCAUCGCCAAGGUCACGCAGAACCUCGCCAACUUCACCAAGUUUGGUAAUAAGGAGGAGUACAUGUCCUUCAUGAACCAGUUCCUGGAGCACGAGUGGACCAACAUGCAGCGCUUCCUGCUGGAGAUCUCCAACCCUGAGACCAUCUCCAACACGGCCGGCUUUGAGGGCUACAUCGACCUCGGCCGAGAGCUGUCCACCCUGCACUCACUGCUCGCAGAGGUCGUCUCACAGAUGGACCAGACUUCAGCCUCAAAGCUCGGCCCAUUACCCAGAAUCCUCCGGGACGUGCACACAGCGCUGACCAAUCCAGCGGGUGUUCAGAUGAUGGCACCGCCCGAACGCAUGCCCUCUCCUCCCGCCCCCAGCUGCAGUAUCUCCACCGGCCUCCAGAAGAUGGUCAUCGACAGCGACCUAUCAGGCCUGGUGGACUUCACUCGUCUCCCGUCUCCGACUCCUGAGAAUAAGGACCUGUUCUUCGUGACGCGCGGUGGGGGCAUCCAGCCGUCUCCAGCCCGCAGCUCCAGCUACUCCGAGUCCAACGAGCCCGACCUGGGCCUGGGCACCGGGGGCAAGAGCCUCUCCAUGGUGGACCUCCAGGAGGCCUCCCGCAGCCUGGACUCCCCAGGGAACAACUCCCUGGACGGGCUCGGCGUGGAGGAAGGAGCUCUGGUGCCCUGGUCCGGCCGCACUCCCCAGGGCAACCACCAGGGGGGGCCCACGCUGCGCAGGCCGGGCCAGUCGUCCAUAGAGGGGGCGCCGGGUCGGCCGGCACAGCUGCUCGCCCCGCUGUCGUUCCAGAACCCCGUGUACCAGAUGGCGGCCGGCUUGCCAGUGUCGCCUCGAACCAACUCGGGUGGAGUCGGCGAUUCCGGCUCGGAGUGCCACAGCUCCGUCAGUUCCCAUAGCAACAACGAGGACGCCGUGACGGCACAAACUGGCAAACACGGGCUGGCCAACCACGCGGCCGGGAGCAGUGGAGGGGAGGAGUUUGGCGGCCGCCGGUCGGGGGAGUACACCCGGCGACAGCUGUCACUCACCGACUCCCAGCACCAAUCAGGAGUGCCGCGGCAGAACAGCGCCGGCCCACAGAGGCGAAUCGACCAACCGCCACCUCCGCCACAUGGCGCGACCCGAGGCCGGACCCCACCGAGCAUGCUCACUUCCACCCCCUACCCACGGCCGUCCAGCGGCAGCGUGAUGUCAUCGUCCUCGCCUGAUUGGCCGGGCAGCAGUGGGGCCAGACUACGGCAACAGAGCUCCUCCUCCAAAGGGGACAGCCCGGAGACCAAACAACGUGCCCAACACAAACAGGCCCCUCCCCCAGUGAACCCCAGUGCUUUGGACCGCACGGCGGCUUGGCUGCUGAAUAUGAAUGUGCCAUAUUUAGAGCAGGAGUCAGAACCCAGCCACAGGGACGAGCACACACACCCCGACAAGUACGCGGCGGAGGUGUGUGUCCUGCAGGACAAGCUGCGCUCCUCGCUGCAGAAGCUGGACGAGGCCGAGCAGCGGCUGAAGGAGCAGGAGGAGCAGGCGCAGAAGAUGCUGCUGCAGUACCAGAGCCGGCUGCACGAGUCCGAGGACCGACUGCGCAGGCAGCAGGACGACAAGGACCUGCAGAUGAAGGGCAUCAUCAGCAGAUUGAUGUCAGUGGAAGAGGAGCUGAAAAAGGACCAUUCUGACAUGCAAGCAGUGAUUGAUUCCAAACAGAAGAUUAUUGACGCACAGGAGAAGAGGAUAGCGUCUCUGGACGCGGCUAACGCGCGGCUCAUGAGCGCCCUCACGCAGCUGAAGGAGCGCUACAGCAUGCAGACCCGCAAUGGCAUCAGCCCCACCAACCCCACCAAGCUACAGAUCACCGAGAACGGAGAGUUCAGAAACAGCUCCAACUGUUAACCUGCUCACACACACACACACACACACACACACACACACACACACACACACUAACCCCACCAUACUAUAGAUCACAGAGAACGGAGAAUUCAGAAAUAGCUCAAACGGCACACACAACACACACACCCUCACAUACAUACACUUAAAUAAGUGCAUGAUCAAAACGUCAUCAGUCUCACGAACUCUAAAAACUACAGAUUACUGACACAGGAGGAUGUAGGAAUAGCACACAACAGUACACAAACACACACCACCACCACCAACAACAAUAACAACAGCAGCAACUACAGCAGCAACAACCUAAAACUGCAGUUUGAUUGAAAAGGGAUAGUUCAAGUACAGCUUCAGAAGAUCGCAGUCAAAACACAUGCAGAAAUCAAAUACACACACACACACACACACACAGAACUUCGUGUAGAUAUCCACUUUUGCCAGGUGUCAGUGGACAACACUCAGACAAUCUGAUUGGACAGACUGCAUUGGACAGACCCCAUUGGACGGACAUUACUGGGUGGACCGUAUUGGACAGACUGCAUCGUCAUGUUUUGCUCGGAUUCAAGAGGAGGAGCAUUCGCAUAGACAUGCUGCUGUCACCUGGGACUGAACCACUAUACAGCAUAACCAUAACCACACACACACACACACACACACACACACACACACACACGACACAUCUGGCCGCAAACAUUUUCCCUCUUCCUUCUCCUCUUUUCUCUCUUUCCCUCUAUCUGUCUGUGCAAUCGCUCCAAGCUCAUUUGACUCUAGCGGACUCUCCUUCCGACUAAAAACAAGACGGUCAUCACGUGCAAUGAUUCUAUUUGUCCGUUUAGAGUCCAAACUGAUUUGGGCUUCAUUAACCAAAUAGGACUUCUGACCUCUGCUAGUCUCUGGCCCAGGCCCCAAGGCAAGCCCCUUACCAAUGCGACCUCCCCUUGACUCCUUGUGUGCUUUCGAGUGCACUUCUGUGUGUCUGCCUUCAUAGUCUCCUCAAGUCCUCCAACUUUGUGCACUUUGCGAAAAGCUCUUCAGUAUGAGAAGCCUUAAAAUGAAUGGAUCGUCCCUCCUCAACUUUUACUUCAAUCAGCAAAAAACUAUUUUUUAACAUAAAUAUACAGAAAUUAUAUUAUUAUACACUACAUAAUUUAUCCCGGAAAAUAAAUUACAUCUGAGAUAUACAGCAUAGUUAUAUAUAAAAUAUAUUACAGAAUCUACAAAGCUGGUAAAUGUAUUGGACUGUAUGCAUUUGAAAUCAGUCUCUUCCCAGGAAAAGAGCAGAAAUGUACUUUGUGAUGUUUGAUGUUCACCCUGUCUGGGUGUUUCUAUUUUAUUUUGACUUUUAAUUGUUAUUUUUAAUUAUUUUCCUGAUGGUCAAGUCCCAGGUCACUGCUUCAUGUGCACUUAAUGCUAGGACACUAGGUCCUGUGGCCUCAGGAGUGCACACUUCAGAAUGAGUGCUCUUACUUGGGGGAAGGUGUAGUUUGAGCGUUCUUUGGGUCAAUUUGUCUGUUAUGUAUGUAUGUAUGUAUGUAUGUAUGUAUGUAUUGUUGUUUUAAUUUACUUUUUAAUUAAUAUCUCUCACCCCUUGUUUCUACUCCUGAAUGUGGUCUUGUUUGCCUAUGAGAGAGAGAGAGAGAACUAAUAAAAUAAAUAAUCAUCUAACAAGCAUUGUGGCAGUAUGGCCCCCUAGGGGAUGGGAGGGUGAAUGUCGCUACAGCACACGCCCGUAGUGGUCUGCUGUGAAGCUCCCCCUGCCCUGGUCCCAAUGCAGACUCUAAAGCCCACCAAGGACCCUAGAGAUAGAUUGCUAUCUCAAGUUGAAAACCCAUCACUCCUUCCACACUCUUUCUGUUCUUUUCUUCUCCUCCUCCUUUACCUUGCCUUCACCCCUCUCUCAUUUUCUUAAAGACUGUGGAUGCUCAGCCUUCAAUGUACCCAACACUGAUGUGAGUUUGCCACAUUGGAUGUCCAGAAGUCCACUCAAAACCCAAACGCUGACGUGGUUUUGCCAAGUUGCCCCCAUCCCUGCCUCCUGUGUUCUCACGUGUCCGCAAGACAUUUCAGCAUUUUUACUUUGUAUAUUUUUGUAUUGUAUUUUUUUUUUAUUAUUAUUGUUAAUACGUACAAAACAAUCAGCCAGACAGAGAACCAGUGGACAAGUGCAUGCCUGUUGGUCAGCUUGCAGUGAGCAGCUGACCGCACUGUUGCCAUUUGAAUUCCCCUGUUGCCAGUGAGGACAGUGUGUGUGUGUGUGUAUCAGGAGAGUUUUUGCAGAGGCAGACCUGUAAACAUGUGUGUGUGUGUGUGUGUGUGUGUCAUCAGGAGAGUUUUUGCAGAGGCAGACCUGUAAACAUGUGUGUGUGUGUGUGUGUUUAUUUCAGUGCAAAGGGGUUCUGAGUACAUGUGUAAAUAUGAAUAAAUAUGUCUGUGCUAUUUCCUUUGUAGUAGCCGACACUGGAAGGGUUGGCCCGCAUUCUUAGCUAGAUGCUCGGCCAGAGCGGUCCAGCCCAGCGCGGCUCCUGAGUCCAGCCCAGCGCGGCUCCUGAGUCCAGCCCAGUCCUCUUUUGGGUGUCCACUGGGUCAGGCCAGGGGGCUGCAGCAGUCCGCAGGCGACUGGGUUCUGAUGGUUCUGUUUGUAAAUGUACUCCAACACUGAGUGCCACUGUAGCCGAGACCGACCCAGGUGGCUGGACCCAGUCCGGUUUGGAGUCGGUUUCGAUUUCUCUGGGGGCACUUUUAAUGUAAAUAGCCCUGUUUUUGUUUGUUUAUUUUUGCCUUUUUUGUAUAUCUUUGACUUUAGUGCUGGUGGUGUAGGACACUCAAACCCAGUAAACAUCUGUUGUUGUUUUGUUUUGUUUGAUUGUUUUCCUGCCACUGUUGGAUACAACAUUCAGUUUUCUCUUGGAGCAGCCGAGCCUGACUCGGACAGACACAGAGUAAGACAGGGCAACGAGGGUGGAGAGUGGCCAGUCAUGCAGUGAACUCGACAUGAGAUGAUGUCAGCCGAUAAACAGAAGCACAAAGCCUCGUUAAGGCUCUCCGACUGCCUCGUUAACCUCGUUAAGAUCAAAUGAAAUCAGGUCUUGGAUAAAACAAUCAAACUUCGGGAAAAGAUCUGGCUCAGAUACACAGAGAGCAGAACAUGAAUGUUUCAGACUCACAGAGAGACGACUGAAUGUGUCGUGUGAGAAGGAGAGGAGUCAUGAUUCUUUUAUUAUUAUUAUUAUUAUUAUUAUUAUUAUUAUUAUUUUUGUUCCAAAGCAGCCCUCCACCCUUUCUCUUGUAGUCUGGUCACACACUUUGAUGGUUCUGUCCAUUCCCAAGACUGUUGAAGAACGUGCUGAUCUAGUAAACUCCAUUUGGUCUGAGACCAGGUGGAAAAACAAACAAGGCCGAGAACAGCAGCAUCAACACCCUGAUAUGGCCACACGUCUGAGACUGUAGAAUGCCUGUGGAGCGCUGUGGUUGAAUGUUACCUUUUGGUUCAGCUUUUUCUGAUGGACAUGAUGAAUGAGAUGUGAUUGUAAGCAUGCGUCUCUUGAGGCUUCUUUAAAGAACGUUAGCCAAGGGCCUAAGGAACGUCGGUGGUGGAAACCCCCCCUUCCCCCGUUGACUCGUGUUGAGGCGUUCGUAGUCACCGGCUGCUCAUCUUUCCAAAAACAAUUCUGUUUGCACACCAUGCCUUCAUACGGUAAUGUCACAGACUGAGAAUCUAAAUAUAUAUAAUAAUAAUUAUUAAAAAGUGAGAAAAUAUUCAUAUACUGUAUCUCCAUGGUAAUACAGACUAUCCUCUACUGCAGAUAUAAAAGGUUAGCUUUGUCAAAAGUAUGAAUCUAUGAAUAAAGUAACAGAUGUUCUAUGUUUUAUAAUCCUUGUAGAAAAUACUUUUGUAUGUCUGUGGACAGUAAUGUAUUGGGUGGAUUCCACUUCACUGGAGGAUCAUGACUUGCUUAUUAAACAAUAAUGUACAGAUGAGUUUGUGUCUGACAAGAAAUGUGGCUGUGCAAUUUAUGUACAUUUGCAACUAGAAUGAUUAAAGUUUUAUUUAGCUAUUUUA